AUGCUUCCAAAAAACAAUUUAGACAAUGUAAAUCACGAUUUUCCAUUAGAAUUAAAUGAGACUGUAGAGAAUAGAAUACAAAAUGAAUUAUGCUUAACUGGAGAUCAAGGAAAUACACAAAUUGUUAUUAUAGAAUCGUCUUCAAGAUUUAAUAAUAGUAAUUGUGAUGUUGAAAAAAUGAAUGAGGAAGAUGAAAUCAUGGAAGAAGUUUUCGAACGUGAUGAAAUAUUUAAACAAAUAACAGAAGAACUUGAACGCCUGAAGUUGUUGGACUAUGAUGAAGAAAAUAUUGACGAUCCCUUUGCUUCGGAUGUUGACAUCGAAAGAGAUCGGGAAAAAGAAAUGGCAUGGGUGCUACCAGUUAAAUUUAUGUGUUCUGUGUUCUUCAUGGUCACUGAAGAACCAGAAUAUGAAUCGGAUUUCGAUACGGAUUCAGAUAUCGGAGAUUUAGAGGAAGAAAACGAAGAAGAAGUUGAAGUUCAUGUUAACAAUAAAAAUGUAAAUAAUAAUAAUGUUAGUGAACAAAAUAGUUCAGAAGAAAUUCUAUCGGAUAACAGUAGCAGUAGUAGUAUGAUUGAAAAGAAUUACGAAAAUGUUGAAAGUUCAAGUGAUGAAAGUGCCAUUGAAUCAGAUAUUGAUGAUGGCCCACAAAAAUAUUUUGGUUCAUCGACAGAUACAAACAAUGAUGAAAAUAUACAGAGAACUUUCGAAGUUGAAGUAUGUAUUGAGAGGCAACCAAGAACAUAUUCCGAUGACAUUGGGGAAAUGCAUCUGCAUUCAAAAAAUGAAACUGUUUCAAAAACGGAAACAAAUAGUAUCAGAGAAGAAACUAGUGCUGAUGAAUUAACGGAAGAUACUACGGAAGAUGAGAAUUUUGAUGAGGUUGACCAGCAAAAUGUUGAAAAUGAAAGUAAGAUGGCCACAAAUGAUCAUUCCAAUAAUAAAGAAGAAAAUGAAGGAGAAAAUAUUUCAAAUUUAACAAGUCAUUCUCAGAAUUCAUUGAAAAAGGAAAAUACUGAUAAUGGUGAAUCCAAGCAAGCACAAAACGUUAAUUCACAAGAAAGUAUCAAUUCUAAGGGUAAAUUAACAAGUAAAUCAUUUACUACUUUAGAAAAUACUCUAAGUGAUGAAGAAGAUUCAAAAAUUGAACUAAAGAGCAGAAAUGAAGAAGAUGUAGAAAACUUCUCUUUAGUUAAGAAAUCCCCAAAAAGUCAGAAUGGAAGUUUUUCGGUGGAAAUUUCUAGUCAACGUCCAAGUAGUUUUAACUCUGAAGAUUAUCCUUUUGAAUUAAGUUUCCGUAAUAAUAAGCGGAGCCUUCCGGAUUUUCAGACAAGAAAUUUGAGUUUUUCAAAUGAAAGAAUGCGUGAAAUUGAUCGAAGUAAUCAAAUUUUAUUAAAGAAAAUUUUAACACAGAAGUCUGCAUAUGAAGCACGAAGCUUAAUAGGAAAUAAACAAAAACAAACAACACUGUAUAAGAAUAAUAGGCAAACAAGUGCUGCAAUCAAUAGAAAGAAGCAACAACGCCAAAUUGAGAUGGAUAAUCAAGUUCUGAAACGAAAGCUUGAAGCAAUCGCCUAUAGAAAUCCUAUGCACUGA